UAGAAAGUGUGGCUCACAAACUUCCUGUCUGGAGACAAAUCUGGGGUAGAGUUGCUGGCUGCCCCGCAGACCCUCUGAGGACCGAAUCCGUGGUGUCAGUGCAGCCACCUGAGAGCCUGUGACAUUUCGACACUUGGUGCCAGACUGCCCCUGACCGGUGAGAUGACCUCUUGUCAGUGGGAUUCCUGUGUGCAGGGCUGCAGGUUGCUUUGUCCUGGAGGGCGGGACCUGAGGGAGGACCCGCCGCUACCCUCUCGACUGUUGGCCUGAGGGUGGUUUUCUCUGUGGGAGAACAGAAGCAGCUCAGGGGCAGCAACCAUGGAUGCCAGCUUCAAGGAGGAAGGCGAAGCCCUGGCCAUCCCCCCACUGAGGGCCAGCGAGAAGUUCCACCUAUUUGUCAGUUAUAGCAGCGUGGACACCACGUGGACCCACGAGCUCAUCGGCCGCCUGGAAGCUGACCACGCUGGGCUGAGGGUCUGCCUGCACGAGCGGGACUUCACCCCGGGCAGGAAUGUCCUGGAGAACAUGGCCGAGUGCAUCCUUCAGAGCCAGAAGGUGCUGCUGGUGCUGAGCCAGGACUUUGUGCAGAGCAGGUGGUGCCUCCUCGAGGCUGACCUGUCGCUCUUCGGCUACUGCCUGGAGAGGAAGCCGGUCAUCCCUGUGCUGCUGCGACCCUGCCAGGUCCCGCUGCACCUCAGUCACCUGACCUACCUGGAGGCCACGGACAGCCGCUUCUACAGCAAGGUGGUGCGGCUCCUGUGCACACCCAGCCACCGCAUGGCGCGAUCCCUGCCUGGCCCACGCCCACUCCCUUCUCUCUACAGUGGGAAGACCCUCCUGACCCUGAACUGCAUCAACAGGGACAACCUGCCCUCGUGGAAGGUGGGGACCUUCAGCACCCUGAGCGUCCCAGACCCCUUGAAGGAGGUGUUGCAGGACCCCGAGGUGUACAAGCAUGCUGUGGGCAUCCUGAAUGGGGUGCAGUCUCCCAGAUCCUGCCUCCGGUACCUGGGCUGCAGGAUCCCACUUGGCAUCUUCCUCAUUCUUCUCUUCUGUGCCUCAAUCCCUGUCCUUAUGAUUUUCUGGACCCAGGACACAAAGCCAGGGCCACGGUUUCUGCUAAUCACCACCGGUGUGUCUUUAUGCCUCCUCUUCCUGGUCUUGGCAGUUAACAGCCUGUGCUGGUUCAGAAGGUUUUCUAGGAGGAAGAUGCAGGAGCUGGCCCUCAGGGUGGGGGAGGCCAACCUGCUGCUGGCACCACACUCAGUGCUGAUGGGCUGCGAGACCCUGAAUCAGCUGUCCUUCGUGUUUGUGCAGUUGGAGGACUGCAGGCGUGCCUUCCUCGAGUUCCCCGACGGCAACACCCUGUUCCAGGAGGCCCUGCUGCGCUUUUCCUGUGCCUAUGCCUGCUGCCUGGUUCAGGCACACUUUCCCCCCUAUAGGGACAUUGAGGGAGCCCAGGGCCACCUGGAGCCAGGCCUGUGUUUCUGCCAGUAUGUCUCUGUGCAGCUGGAGAGUUAGGGGGUUUGGGGCUAAGUCCUUGUGACGGUGGGUGGGCCCCAGGGCAGUGCCUUGUGUUGAACAUCCAGUGCCCCUGUGGACAUGGUUAUGGUGAGGCCUAGCUGGUGGGCAGCCUCUCAGCUCUGGUCUGUUGUGCCAUGCAAAGUGGCCCGAGGUCCCCUGCAUUGCCUGCUCUGAGGGCAGAGGUGACUACUGUCAGCGUACCAGGCCUGGUGUCCUGCUCCAGCCUGACAGGUUCAAGCUACCUGUGUGGCCCUGGCCAGUUUGGGUCUGCAG